GUGACCGGACGUCCCGCCUCUUGUCGUCCAGUCCCGGAGGUGCGGGUUGAAGUUAGCUGCAGGGACCUCGGUUUCUGUCGGUAACCCCGGCGCAGCGGAGCCGCAGUUGCAGUCGCGCGGGUGAGCGGCGUCGGGCCCGGCGGCGCGGUGGAGGGCGCUGUCCGCGUCCCCGCGCCGCGGCUUUGCAAGGGACGGAGCGCCCCGGGCCGAGGCGCCGGGGCCCUGCGAGGUGCGAGGCCCUUGGGGUUAGUGUCUGAGGCUUGGACUCUGCCUGGGCCGCGCAGACCCUGACGUGGGUGAGGCGGCUCCGGGAGCAUGAGCGGGCAGCGCGUGGACGUCAAGGUGGUUAUGCUCGGCAAGGAAUACGUGGGCAAGACGAGCCUAGUGGAACGAUACGUGCACGACCGCUUCUUGGUGGGCCCCUAUCAGAACACCAUCGGGGCUGCCUUCGUGGCCAAGGUGAUGUGCGUUGGAGACCGGACGGUGACUCUGGGUAUUUGGGACACAGCAGGAUCUGAGCGCUACGAAGCCAUGAGCAGAAUCUAUUACCGGGGUGCCAAAGCUGCCAUUGUCUGUUAUGACCUCACCGACAGCAGCAGCUUUGAGAGAGCGAAGUUCUGGGUGAAGGAGCUACGCAGUUUAGAAGAGGGCUGUCAAAUCUACCUGUGUGGCACCAAGAGUGACCUGCUGGAGGAAGACAGGCGGCGCCGUCGUGUAGACUUCCAUGAUGUCCAAGACUAUGCAGAUAAUAUCAAAGCCCAGCUCUUUGAAACAUCCAGCAAGACAGGCCAGAGUGUGGACGAGCUCUUCCAGAAAGUGGCAGAGGAUUACGUCAGUGUGGCUGCUUUCCAGGUGAUGACAGAGGACAAAGGUGUGGAUCUGAGCCAGAAGGCAAACCCUUACUUCUACAGCUGUUGUCAUCACUGAGUCACGAUUCAUCUGGCCUGGGAGAAUUAAAUGAAUUCCCCAGAGGGGCUGGACCCAAUCCUUGUCUGGGCUGGCGUGGUCAAGUGUCUGAGCUACUCCAGGUGCCCAUGGCAGCAGAGGUGGCACCUGCCUGUGCUGGCCCAUGGAACGGAGGCAGUGUUGGGCAGACUGUGGGCAUGAAGAGGGAUAAGGGCUGAUUUUAAUCCCAGGCUUCUGUCCUGGACAGAACUUCUGUCCACAGAUUAUUUAAGUAGCUUCUGAACUGUAAAUAAAAUUGAUGCACUGUGACUCAGA